AUGAGUGCUAAGUUCUUCGUUACCGUCGCCUCCGGCGCUUCAGCAAUCGCCAUCUUCGCCAGCUUGAUCUGCGUUGGCGUCCUUUUCCAAGACAUCAACAACCUCUACGAUGACGUCAUGGACGAUAUGCAUGAGUUCAAGAUGCUCGCCAAUCAAGCCUGGAAAGAAAUGGUGAUCCCAUCCCCAUCAUCUGGAAACACUGAGAGCGGAACAAUCUUCGGUCGUGACAAACGUGCUGCUGGACAAUGCGGUUGCGCCGCACAGCCCAACAACUGCCCGGCUGGACCUCCAGGACCUCCCGGAAAGAAUGGUCUUGCAGGUGAAGACGGUGCUCCUGGCGAGCCAGGAAAGGCCGGUACCCCAGGUGUUGCCAUGUUCAACCCCAAGACCCCAACUGGAUGCAUCACAUGCCCCGCAGGAGAACCUGGACCAGCUGGACCUGAUGGACCCGCAGGACAACCUGGACCUGAUGGACAACCUGGAGCACCAGGAGGACCAGGAGCCAAUGGACAGCCAGGAGCACCAGGACCAAUGGGAGAUGCCGGUGCACCAGGACAGCCUGGAUCACCUGGACAGCCUGGAGCACCUGGACAGAACGGACAGCGUGGACAUGGCGCACCUGGAGCACCUGGACCAUCCGGACCAGCUGGACCCGCUGGACAACCUGGAGCCAAUGGACAGCCAGGAGGACCAGGACAGAGCGGCCCUCAAGGACCUGCUGGACCUGCUGGAAACAAAGGACAGGCUGGAGCACCCGGAACUCCAGGACAGCCCGGAGGACCAGGUCUACCUGGAAACGAUGCCGCCUAUUGCCCAUGCCCACCUCGUACCGCCGAUGUUGAGAGUGCUCCUCACUCUCAGGGCGGUUACAGACGCCGUUUCUCAAAGAUCUAA